AUAUUUCUAAAGUGGGGUCUAUAUAUAGGAGAGUAGAGAAAUUCCAGAAUCAUCAAGAUUUAGUGUAUAAACAUCAGAAAUAUUUUCUUAGAAAUUUGAAGAGCUUGAAAAUGAGUACAGCCACUUUCGUAGAGAUUAUUCUGGCUAUCAUCUUGCCUCCUCUCGGCGUCUUUCUCAAAUUUGGCUGCAAGGUUGAGUUUUGGAUAUGUUUGAUUCUGACGUUGUUUGGUUAUCUUCCCGGAAUCCUUUACGCUCUUUAUAUCAUCACCAAGUGAUUUUUCCUAUAUCCUCUGUUCUUUCCUCUUGCUCCUCGAGGAACAGAUGUUUCGUCGUGCUCUUCUCUCUUUGGGACUGAUUCAUCAUUUAUUUUAUGCUAUGAGCAAUUGAUUAUUAUUGUUGUAUUCGCAUUAUUGUAUAAUUUCUGCUGAUAUGAAGAAGAUAUCGUUGGUUAAUGUGAGUAACUUGUUUAUUUCCUUUUUAAAACUA